AUGGCGGCGGCGUCUGCGGUCUCGGUGACGGCCUCGGCGGCGGGUGGAGGGUCGGUUGGCGGCGCGCGGGGGGCCGGGGCCGGGGCGCGGGAGGGCGCGCGGGUGGCGGCACUGUGCCUGCUGUGGUACGCGCUGAGCGCGGGCGGGAACGUGGUGAACAAGAUCAUCCUGAGCGGCUUCCCCUUCCCCGUGACCGUGUCGCUCUGCCACAUCCUGGCGCUGUGCGCGGGGCUCCCUCCGCUGCUGCGGGCCUGGCGCAUUCCGCCCGCGCGCGGCCCGGGACCCGGCUCUGGCCCCGGUGGGGCCGCAGGCGCCGACCCGCUGCCGCCCCGCUUUUACCCGCGCUAUGUGCUCCCGCUCGCCUUCGGCAAGUAUUUCGCCUCGGUGUCGGCUCAUUUUAGCAUCUGGAAAGUGCCCGUGUCCUACGCACACACCGUGAAGGCAACCAUGCCGAUCUGGGUGGUGCUGCUGUCCCGGAUCAUCAUGAAGGAGAAGCAGAGCACCAAGGUAUAUUUAUCCUUGAUCCCCAUCAUCAGUGGUGUCUUAUUGGCCACAGUCACUGAGUUGUCCUUUGACAUGUGGGGACUCAUCAGUGCUCUGGCAGCUACCCUCUGCUUUUCCCUACAGAACAUAUUUUCCAAAAAGGUGCUGAGAGAUUCACGGAUCCAUCAUCUUCGGUUGUUGAACAUACUUGGAUGUCAUGCUGUCUUUUUUAUGAUCCCGACGUGGGUUUUAGUUGACCUUUCUUCUUUCUUAGUAGAGAAUGACCUGAAUUCGAUUUCCCAGUGGCCCUGGACUUUAAUGCUGCUAAUAGUCAGCGGAUUUUGUAAUUUUGCACAGAACGUCAUUGCUUUUAGUAUUCUUAAUUUGAUCAGCCCAUUGAGUUAUUCUGUUGCAAAUGCCACAAAAAGGAUCAUGGUUAUCACAGUAUCCCUCAUAAUGCUACGCAACCCAGUUACCAGCACUAAUGUUCUGGGCAUGAUGACAGCUAUCUUAGGCGUCUUCUUGUAUAAUAAGACCAAGUAUGAUGCAAAUCAAGAGGCCAAGAAGCAUCUUCUUCCCGUAGUGACCGGAGACCUUGGAAAUCCUGAUCACCAUAGGAACCCACAGGAGAAAUCUCAGAAUGGAAUCGUUUUCCCUCAGCACGGGGACUAUCACUAUGGCCGAACCAGCAUCUUUACAGACCACUUUCAGUACAACAGGCAAAACUAUCCAAACACAUACAAUUUAAAUCACUAUGAUGUAUAGAAUUUAGAAGACAGGUAGAGACUGUUAAGAAAUUACUUUUCCCCCAAGCAGUAUCAGAAACUUCUGACACACCAGUGAGUUCAGAAUCAUAGAAUGUACUUCUCCUGCAGAUGGAAAGGUGCAUGAUUGUCAGUGACCCAAGCGUUAUCUUCUGCUAAACACAUUCUUAUGCAUGGAGC